AUGCCAAAAGCCCCGGCUUUACCCCAUCUUAACUUGGCUCCUGACAACAAUGAGGAUUUUAAUGGUCUGACCCCCGCGACGCUGAGCCCUCGCUCGACAGGCUCUCCUCAUACUCCAAGGUCAGCCCCGACCUCUCCAUAUCUGCAAGGCGCUCCGCCCUCUUUCAUGUCGCACCAAGCGUCCGUGUCUCAAGACAGUCGAAACGAUGGAUCGCGUACAGGGCCCAGCUCUCCUCGGAUAACAGCAAUGCCCGAAUUACCUGCUUCACCUGUUCCUCAAUCGCCAAAACACGCCCGAGAUCCAUCCAAAGGUUUCUUUUCCAACUUGAUGGCGUCGAAAUCCUCCCACAAGCUCCACCCUUCGGAAACCAGUAUUCCAGAGAACGGAGAAAAACCAAACGCAAGGAGCAGAGCUAGUUCAAAAGAGAGGUCUCUACAUUCACUGAAGAAGCAAGGCUCGACUCCUGAAUUGCCAAAGGCUGUGUCGAGCAACGGUCCCAGCCAUGAUAACGAGGCUCCAGCCCCAGCGGAGAUGUUCCCUCCUCAAGGCACUGUCGAGCCUGCGCCAGCGGCCAAGAAGACCAAGUCUAAGUUCGGCGGCAUACUCGCAAGGACCAAGACCGUAAGAAUGGAGGAAACAGCGCCCAAACAGAAGCACCCGCCGCCAAGUCAUCUGCAACUCGACACCUCUAAUUCGGCCAAUGACCAUGCAGACACAUCUCCAAGAACUGCACCCAUAAAACUCGACCACCGAGAUAGGGCAUUUGGUCCUGAAAGUGGCGCAACUGUUCGAAACCGCUCAGUAGAUCGCCAAGCUCGUGAUGACUUCCACUCUAUGAAAAGAGAUCGGCAGACUGGGAACAUAGCUGUGUCCCAUUCCUUCCGAGACGGCUCCACCCUGCAGAUCUUAUCGAACCUCGGGCAAACUGGCAAAGGCGUGGGAGACCGCUUGGGCAAGGCUGGGAAGGGCUUUUUUGGCAAAAUCACAAGAAGUGGGAGCAGCAACGAGCGCGAACCAGCAACAGUUACGGAUGACAACUACGUAUGCACGACAAUCAACUUGCCACUUGUCAAGCAAACUCGGAAAACCAGGAUAGCACGACGUCUGGAGUCUUCCAAGGAUAAGACCGAGUUCUGGAUGCCAGCCUUGCCAUGGCGUUGCAUUGACUACCUAAAUAUGAACGGUGCCGAAGAAGAGGGACUAUAUCGAAUACCCGGCAGCAAUAGGGACGUGAAACACUGGCAGCGGCGCUUUGACACUGAAUAUGACAUCAACCUCUUUGACGAACCGGAACUGUAUGAUAUAAACACGAUUGGGUCCAUGUUCAAAUCAUGGCUACGGGAGUUGCCCGAUGAAAUUCUUCCAAAAUCUGUCCAAAACAAGAUUGCCACUCAAUGUGCCGGAGCGACUUCAGCGCCCCAGCUGUUGAAAGACGAACUGUCGCGUUUGCCGCCGUUCAACUACUACCUGUUAUUCGCCAUCACAUGUCACCUGAGUCUUCUCAACAGCUAUGCCGAGAAGAACAAGAUGGACUAUCGAAAUUUGUGCAUCUGCUUUCAGCCUUGCCUGAAGAUUGAUGCCUUUUGUUUUCAAUUUCUCGUCAUGGACUGGAAGAAUUGCUGGCAGGGCUGCUGGACUGAAAAGGAGUACCUAGAAGAAGAAUAUCGAUACGAGCGGGAAGGAUCGGUCAAUGAAAGUGAGGACCUGGCCAUUGAUGAGAGAGCCAUCUCUUCCAGUGGCAGCAGUCAGCAGCAACAACAACCAACAGCUUCACAACCGCCUACAUCAAAUGCUCAACAAGCGUCUGCACAACAGUCCGCGCAUCCUCGGAGCGCCGAUGCCGCGGCACAGCGCAAGUCCAUGGCGCCCAAAACAAAACAGAGAAGCCUGUCGCAGGGUGGAAGUGCCAGAGACAGAUCUAACAGCGGGCACACCCCCAGUCAGUCAGUACCCGCGGUACCACGUAUGACGACUCCAGAACCUCCCAAACUGUCGCUCGAUCAAAGAUUGCCCGAGCUCACGGGGCUCUCUCCUAUCAGAAUGUGA